AUGUUUUCGGCUGUAAAACCUAGACCAAGCUGGUAUUAUCGUGUCCAAGGCCUUUUAACAGACCGCUAUCACCGUGGAGAAAUCAAUUUGUGUGACAUCGCCGACCCACGCCCUGAAGACUUUGAUGAGGAUCUUUCCGAUUGUUCCACUUUCUCUUGCGCCUCUAGAAACGGUUGCGAUUAUGGCACCGAAGAUAUUUGCGAAUAUCACAAAAAAUUAGACGUAGAGGGCCGAGAUUCAGACGAGGAUAUCGACAAAAACGAUCGUGGUGACUUGGUGUACUUCGAGAUGAAGCGAGACCGGCUUGCUCGCAAGAGAGAAUUGUGCGCACAGAAGAAAUUGGAUGAAAAGAUGAGAAAGGAAAGUGACAGAUACAAUGAGAAAUUCAGAGAGCAAAUGAACGAGAGAUUAAGAGAAGAGAGGAGGAAGGAAGCUCAGAAGAUCAAAGUCUACGAGGAUGCGGAAAAAGUCGGUGAUGUUUGGAGACAGUACAGAAGAGCACUGAGACCUUGGAGAACAUAUGAAGAGUUGGCUACUAAGGACGAUAUCGCACUCGAGAUGCGUUAUGUCAAUGAAAUCCAAGGCGCGCUCGACCAGGCGCAAUCUCUUGAGGAGAUGUCUACUCCUCUCAACCUCGGCCUCACGAAAACGUUCAAGCUCUGGUCAAUCGAUCACAUCAAGUACUGCCCUUAUCAGACUGCUCCUUCUAUGUACAUCGAGUUUAGCAGCUGGUUCGAAUAUGGCGAGUUCAAUCGCGAACAGAUUCAGACGUUAAGAGCUGAAAAGCUCUCCGGGCACAUAUAUUUACUCGCAGAUACUGUCCGUGAGAUAGGCCAUUUCACACCACCAGAGCACUGUAGCACCAAAACUCACAACUUGGGAACGAAAGAAGAGCCGGUAUAUAUUCAGUUCUUCAACAACAAUUACCUGACUCUUAAGAUAAGUCGCGAGACGGUAUUUCGACAUUGCGAGGAGAAGGUCCCUUGGAUUGCACCUUCUUUUUUUACAUACUACGGCAUUUAUGAGAAAUACAUGGUUGAUGAGGAAAAGCGGGAAGAGGAACAAUGGGAAACUGACGAAGAAAGCGUUAUAGAAUGA